AGGACACCGACCGACACCAAACUCAAGCAUCGAUAUAGGAAACCCGUUAUGAAGGGCUCAUUAGCACUUGGAGCACUGCUAUUUGCAGCCUCAGUGUGUGGAAACUGGGUGCAAAACCAUAUGAAAGAAGAGCAUCAGAUGGAGUACUUCGACUGGGAUGCGUUCUUCCGUCUGCAUGAUCUGGAUAGCGAUGGGGUUCUUGACUCUCAAGACGUCCGGGCCAUCUACGGUCUCGACAAUGUGAAAGACUUGACGCCAGAGCGCAAACUCGAGAUUGAGAAGACGGUGUUCGCUGCCCUUGAUGCCGACAGAAAUGGAGCAAUUACCCUUCAAGAAUUCAAAUCAUUCAUGGACGCGAAUGGCGACUUGCCGGAUUUUGGUUUCGAGGGCCACCAUGGUGACGACGAGUUGGAGUUCGACAUUCACCAUGUCAUGAAAUACCACACUGAUCCGGAAGACUCUGAGGAGAACUGGAGUCACCCCGAAGACAUCGAACAUUUUGCAAAGCAUAAUCUGGAACACCAUGAUGGAAUCGACCCUGAUACUGGUGAUCAUGUAGUUGUCCCUGAAGGGAUGGAGGACAUUAGAAUCGUCGUUCAAAUCCCCGAGAAGUUCAGGCGGAAGCAUUGAUUUACCUACAUCCAGAGCUGGCAUCUGAAUAUACCCAU